CGUUGAUCGUUGGUUUACAUUUGCCACAAUUUUCGUACAGUCAUUCAUCUGCUCACGAGUUCGGGCGCCUGAUAGGAUGGUAAACCGCUAGCAGCACCGCUGAUAAGACUCGUGUGCGGAAAGCAGUCCCUCGAUUCGAUGUUUAUUCUGCCGACUUUAAAUAAUCGCGAUCAUUACAGCAAUGCGCUCAAGCGACGCACGUUUAGUCGCAAUCCGGAACCGUACGAACACGGUCGUAACAAGGCAGGGACAGGAGCUCGUACCGUGACGCACUGACCAUUAUAAAAAAAUAGAACAAAACCCAGAUGGCUCCAUCGGCAGUGAGCAUGGUGUUUACGGUGGACGGUGGGAAGCAGGCGAACGCGGCCGAAAAAGGACACAAACCGCCGGAUGAUGGGCAUAGCUUCGAUGAGGCGCUCGAGUUGGCCGGUUUCGGCCGGGUACAGAUUGUCCUGUCGAUCCUGUCCGGGCUCGGCAUGAUGGCAUCGAUCAACGAGGCCAUGGGCAUGAGUAUCAUACUGCCCGCGUCCCAGUGUGAUCUAGAUCUGGACGCGGGCGAGAAGGGAAUUGUCGGUGGAGCCGUGUUUCUCGGUACGAUGUGUUCGUCCUACUUCUGGGGCUAUCUGGCCGACACGCGGGGGCGACAAAUCAUCCUCAAGUACGCACUGUUUGCGACCUCCUUCUUCGGGGCGGUCUCCCUGGUGGCGAACGACUUCGUGUCGCUGCUGGUGCUCCGGUUCCUCACCGGGGUGUGUGUGGCCGCACCGGCUUCGACGGUGUACGCGUACUUGGGCGAAUUUACCACGCCGAGCAAGCGCAGUCAAAUGCUCUCGUUUGCCUCGGUUUGGGGUGGCGUCGGAAUCGUCUAUGUUUCAUUGGCCGGUUGGUGGAUUCUUUCGUACGACUGGGUGAUCCUGAUUGCCGGUACGUUCGAAUUCAAACCGUGGCGCCUGCUGUUCAUCAUCAACACGCUGCCUGCGUUUUUGAACGGAAUCGCGUUCUGCUUCUGCCCGGAGAGUCCCAAGUUCCUGCUGUCGCGAGGUCGCAACGAGGAAGCUUUGGAGGUGCUUCGCAUGGUGUACAGGAUAAAUAAACGAACCACCAACACCGAUGGGUUUGCUGUGACUUCGCUCAAACUCGACCCCGAGGAUGUGCUAGCGCAAGAACAGAACGAUACAAAGGAAACCGGAUUGUUACGAUCAAUGGUUCAACAAACGGUGCCAAUACUAAAACUUCCUUACCUGAUCUACUUUAUCAUCUGCUGUGUGCACAACAUCGGAGCGUUUGCUAUCUAUGGUGGGCUCGGCCUGUGGUUUCCCGACAUCAUGAACCAAAUCUACUCGCACGGAUCCUCCGGUGAGGCACAGAAGGUUUGCGACAUUCUGCAGCGGAACCAAACCGCCGAAUCGUCGUUCGUGGCCGAGCUCGAACUCUGUGACGACGAGGUCAAGUUCGAGACGUUCCUCUACACGCUGAUAUUGGGCGUGUUCGGUGUGAUAUACGCUCUGGUCACUUCGGCCGUGCUGGGUCGAAUCGAUCAGAAGGUCAUGAUGGUGUUCAACUGCACCGUAGCCGGUAUCUGCGGCAUCGCGCUACAGUUCAUCAGCAACGCGUACGCCGUGGCCAUUCUGUUCUGCCUCGAGAUCGUAUUCGCUGGCUACUGUGUCCUGCUGGUGAACGCAAACGUGGUACACAUAUUCCCCACGAACGUUAGGGCGAUGGCAGUUGCGCUGACGAAUAUGACAGGGCGAUUAAGUUGUUUUGUGGCCAGUGCAGUGAUUGGACUGCUCAUGAUUCAAAACUGUCCAGUCACAUUCUACAUGCUGUCCGGGUUGCUGUUUCUAUGUGCGGGGCUAACGUUUUUAUUGCCAAAAAAGUAACAGCGCUCUAGUAGGUCAACGUAGCUGCUUAUCAAGUCCAAAGUACUUAUUCAUACUAUCAUUGUGUAAAUAAAUUAAGAUUCCAUGUGUCUU